AUGAACUGUCCUUGUUGUUGUUGUAUAUAGGAUGAGAAUGAAUUUGUGAGAAUUAAAGAUUGCAAAUGCAUAUAUUGUUAUUCUUGCUUAAUUGAAUAAAUAAAAGUGAAAAAAGAUGAAAAAUGUCUUGGAUGUCCAUAAAAUUUAGAUUUUAUUAAGAUAUUUCAUUAAACAAAAUAUGAACCAUAAUUAUAAGAAAUUUUAUGCAUUCAAUAUUUAUAGAAUUGUUAAGACACUUUACCUUGUCCAAAAGCUGAUUGCAAAUAUUAUGGUAUUAUUCCAGAUGAUUGUGAUGGAAAUUAUGAAUGUGAAAAGUGUCAUACUAUUUGGCAUGAACAAAAUAUUACAUUUUUUAAUAAGCAAAAGUUAUUUACUAAAGCUAUGUAAUUUAUUGUAACAAAACCUUGUCCUCAAUGUGGUGUUUUAAUUUAAAAGAAUGGAGGAUGUCCUUAAAUGAAAUGUCAACAUUGUAGAUAUAUAUUUUGUUGGGAUUGUGAUUAAGAUAUUUUGAAACAUACAGAAUUUCAAUGCAAUUUAAUAAAAUCAUUUCAUUUACUCAUUAUUUUCGUUUAAAUGCUAUCAUUACUCUAUACUAUAGGAUUUUUAGAUCUAUUCUACAAUAUUAUCUGUUUCAUAUUACACUAUUUGUUAAUUUGUAUAAUAUCUCCUUUAUUUAUAAUAAUACCAACAUAUUCAAUCUAUUUAGCAUUUUAUAAAAGAUAUUUUAAGAAAUGUACAUUGUUAUUACUAUCAAUAAUACCAACUAUGUAUUUAAAAGAGUAUUUGGAAUUAGAUUUGGAUACAAUAUUAAGUGUGAGUGUUGUUGAGACUAUAGUAAUGGUAUUAAUAAUAAUAAAAACAUACAAUAAAUGA